ACUAUUAUUUUUAUUACAUAAAAAUAUUAAAUUUACAUUAGCAAAUUUUAUCUUAAAAGCAUGGAAGAUGUGUCUGUAUCAAAGGGCUUGUUUCCUUAUGCUAUAAAUAAAUUUGGUAAAAGGAAAAGAAAUAUAAUUAAAGACACAUAUAAGGAUUCAUCAUGGUAUAAAGUAUUUAAUGAAACUUGGUCAUUAGUGGAAAAUGCUGCUACUAAAGUUAACGACAAAACUUUUAGUGAAAUUUUAUUAGAUUUAAAAAAUUUUGUUACUAAAGUAAAAGAUAUACCAUCUUUAUUAGAUGAAAUACCAACUGGUAUUUUAUUAGCAGGUGUAAACCUUCCAGAUCAUAACUUGCUCCUUCAGAAAAUUAUAAUUGAAUUCUAUUCGAUAACACCAUAUGUUGCUAUGAUUUGGUCAAGAGAUGCUAAUUCUUUAAAAAAUUUAAUUGAAGAAAUUGUCUAUCAAAUUAUUAAUAAAUCGCAUGAAAAAGAUAAUCUAAAUUGUUUAUCAGAAGUUAAAAGAAACAAUUGCACAUUUUACACAUUGAGUGCUUGGUAUAAUAUAAAAAAUAACUAUAAUGCUCCAAUUGUCAUUAUAAUACCAGAUUUUGAAAGUUUUUCUUCAGAAAUAUUACAUGAUUUUAUUUUAAUAUUGAGUUCAUAUUUAAAAACCAUGAAAUUCAUAUUAAUUUUUGGUGUCGCAACAAGUUUACAUAUAGUUCAUCAUUCACUUUCAUAUGAUGCUACAUCGAAACUAAAAGUGCAGGUAUUUCACACUCCAACUCAACUAAAAAAUUUAUCAUAUAUUUUGGAUGAUAUUGUUUUAUCUUCUAAUAUUCCAUUUAAAUUGACUGGUCGGGCUUUUAAAUUACUUGUUGAUAUAUUUUUAUAUUAUGAUUUUUCUGUUCAAAGUUUUCUUCAAAGCUAUAAGAUUUGUAUGUGGAAACAUUUUUAUCUCCAAAAUGAAAAAUUGCUUUGUUGCAACCGAAAAGAUAUAGAAGCUCGAGUAUUAGAGCUAACAAAUGAAGAUUUACGAAGACUAAAAAACCUUCCAUCUGUUAAAAAUUAUAUUCAGUCGUUAAAGAAAUCUGAAAUAAACAAAAAUGAAUUCAGAAUAAUAUUAAUUAAUCUUCUAAAUGAUUUUCAUACAUACAUGAGUAAUUUUCUUAUUGUAUUAAAAUGUUUGUAUAAAUUGUGUAUCAAUUUACCUGGAUUACCUUUUGGAAAAAAUUUUCGUGAAAUUUAUGCAAAAGCUGUGAAAAAUAUUAAUUUGUGUGAAACAACAGAAUAUAAGAAAGUUAUUCAAUUAAUAAGCUUUCUUUCAAAAGAAGAUUUACUGUUAAAUAUAAAAAAUAUUUUAUCAGAUUUAGAUAAUUAUGAAACAAUACCAGAUUGUCUUAUAGAAAAAUUAAAAUAUCAUAUGAAUAUAAUAAAAGAUGCAAGUUUAGAUAUUGAAGUACCUGCUCCUGAGAUCAAUGUAUUUAAUGAAAAUAUGAAUCGCUUACAAUGGAAAGAGAAAUUAAAACUUAAAUCACUAGAAACACGUAAUUCACCAUAUAGAGAAGCACAAAGUAAUUUACUUAAUUAUUUAGACCAAGAAGUAUUUGAAAAAUAUCUAAAAACUCCAGAUAAAAUACCACUAAAUGAAAUCUUUUGUUAUAAUGAUGCCAUUUCAGUAAAUGAAAGUAUAAAAGGAUCAAUGAAAGCAUCUAUUCAUAAUAGUUUAAAUUAUCCAAAUUCUGUACUUGAGUGCGAUUGCUGUGUAUCAAAUAGUGAAAUUGUUCCUACACAUCCAGAUCUGACCAUAGUUUAUAAACUUCAUUUAGAAGCAAGAAAAAUGAUAAAUUUAUAUGAUUGGCUACAGUCUUUUUUGACAGUCAUUGAUCCAAACCAAUCAGAUGAACAAAAUGUUGAUCCGGUAUUGCAUGCACGUUUUACACGCGCUGUUGCCGAAUUACAAUUUUUAGGGUUUAUUAAAGCUACAAGAAAAAAAACUGAUCAUGUCAAACGAUUGACUUAAGUAAAUUCA